CUGAAGGCAGUAUACCACCAUUACCUGGAUGUCUACCACGACCCGUUUCUAAGAAAUGCCUGGAAAUACCCUUGGUUUCUGUCCAUGUGCUUGGUGGAGCAUGUCAUUGGCCUCCCGUUUUUGCCUGGGCCAGUUACUCCUACUAUUACG